UCACAUGAUCAAAAUAUGUCAGCCACCGUGAAAUAAUGAUUUCGAGACGUGGAAAGACGGAGUUUUCCAACUUUGCGGGCGAUUAUUUCGUGAAAUAUCAGCAAAAUCCAUACGAUCCUGGUGCUAAUGACACUGGUAUUGUCAAUACUGGCACUGCUGAGAAUUACCUAUGCAAAGAUUUGAUGAAAGAACGGUUCAGUCGGCCAGAUAUGGCAACGUGGACCGAAGAAAUGCAGUUCUACAAUGUCGGCAGUGGAACUCUACACUUCAGGAAGUCCCUGGCAGAGUUUCUGACUGAGCAGCUGCAAACUCAUGAACCUCUCAAACCAGAAAAUAUCUUUACUGGGACUGGUGCUAGUACUAUCCUUGAACAUCUGGCAUUUUCUUUGGCUGAUGAAGGAGAAUAUUUUCUUUGUCCUACACCGGCGUAUUUUGCAUUCUGGUAUGAUAUGGGAGCAAGAGCUUUAGUUAAGCUUUAUGACAUUCCUCUGAAGGGUAGAGACAUUCCGAAAGGUGCUAAGCCAUUUCAACUGACUGCUGAACAAGUGGAAAGCUGCUACAAGAAGGCAAUGGAAGAGGGGUGCAAGAUCCGUGCAAUCCUCAUCUGCAAUCCAGCAAAUCCAAUUGGAAGUAUUUUAAAUGAGAAAGAACUUGAAGACAUAUUACAGUUUUGUGCAAGAGUGAAGAUUCAUGUCAUCGUGGACGAAGCAUAUGCAAUGUCUGUUUUUGAUGAAAGUGCAAAGUUCUGUAGUGCUUUAAGUUUGCGAAACAUUCCUGACCCAGAGCGUUUACAUGUUGUAUGGACAUUCAGUAAGGAUUUAGGCCUGUCAGGAAUGAGAUGUGGUCUAGUACAUACUUGGAACAAAGAUCUUCAUGGUUUGUUAUACACGAACUAUACCUCUAUGGCAUCAAUGUCUUUGUUGAUCCAAAACAGGCUUACAACACUCAUCAGUGACCGAGAUUGGAUGAACAAUGUCUACUUUCCCACAAAUCUUGCAAGAAUGAGAAGAGCUCGCAAGUUAAUGAAGGAAGGGCUAGAAGAUGUAGGAAUCAAAGUGUAUCCAUCCAAAGCUGGCUUUUUUAUUUGGGCCGACUUUUCAGAGGUUCUUCACCCACUGACGUUUGAAACUGAGAUAGCCUUCUUCUUGAAGUUGAUUGAGCUGCAAAGUGGAGGGGUAUACAUGGUGCCAGGGAAAGAGCUUCAUUGUGCAGAACCAGGCUGGUUCAGGAUUGUCUUUACCCACACUGAGGAAUUAAUAAAUGUUGCUAUUGAAAGAAUAAAGAAAGCUGUGGAUAUGAUGCGAUCAGAGGGUGUUUUGUCUAACCUAGCUGAGGCUCUGGCUCCUCCGAAGAUGGAAUCAGCUGGGGGUGGGAAACCAAAAGCAUCCCUUGAGGACUUGUUAUUAGACAUGAGACUGAGCAUCAAGAAUACUAACUGGCUGGAAGCAAACACAGCUGACAAGUGGGCAAAUGAUAACCCAGAUUUGGCAAAGGCAUUCAAAGAUGCCAAAGAUACCUACAAGUAGUCUUUAUCAGGCAGAAUUACAUGUACUGGUACAAUUCAUCAUAUCGUAUCUCAUAUCUUGGGGACAGUAUUGGACAUAAGUUAUCGAGACACAAUGCACUUCAUGUACAAUGUCGAUUGUGGUGUAAUAAUCAAGGUAAUCUAAGACAACAUUCACUUUAUUGAUUACAAAUGGAUUACAAUAGAAUUUGCAGACUGAACAUCAUCAAUUGGUGAUAUGCAUAGAGUUAAGUGGUAUUUGCAGGCGGGGUUUGUCAGCCUCACGAAUUCGGAUUCAGUUCUGGUUCUGCGAUUUUUAUCCGAAUUCGAUAAUUCGACUAUUAGAGGUUUUUAUGGCAAACGGACAUGUAAACUCGUUACAAGAUUCUCGUAAGAUUCUUCGUUGAAAGCUUAGGCAAGAACUUAGUAGUAUCGAAUACACAUGCACUGUGUUCCCUCUGGGCAUUCAUGCGACCCAUACUAGUUUUUCAUCAUAAGUUAUACAAAGGUAAGCUGGCAAUCUAACAUAAGAUAAGAUAAGGAUAAGUUGGAUAAGACUACGUUCAACUAUUCAAAUUAGGUUAACAUACCUAUACCAGUAUACAUCAAAACACACAUAGAAUGGAUACUAGUAAUACUAGUAUACAAAUCGUACAGAAUAUUCAAACAGGAAUAUCAUUGCAAAAAUCAAAAGUAUAAUCAGAGUCUUUCAAAUUUGAAAGACUCUGAUAUACGGUAUAAUAUAUUCCAUCAUUGGAUAAUACUGAUUCUGUAAAGAAUAAUACUGCAUGGUUACAUAUAUCUUACAAUAAUACUGAAUUGGUAAAGAGUACUGCAUGGUAACGUAUUUCUUACAGUAAUACUGACUUGGUAAGGAAUAUUGCUUGGUUACUUAUUUCUUACAAUAAUAACUUUGUAAGGAAUAAUAACUAUGGUUACAUAUUCCUUGCAAAUCGUUACACGUAUUUUAUCCAUAUAAAUAUUGUAAAUUGUGAUAUAUAAAAAGUGAAGUUGUGCAAAUGAAGCUGGCGU